GGGAGCCUGGGUGGGCAGUGCCGAGCGAGGCAGUGCCCAAGGCUGCGGGUAAGGGCAGGUGACUGAUAGAAGACAGAGAGAGACCAGUUCCUGACAAUGUCGAGGAGAAAGUUGGAGAAUAAAAGCCUUUCUGGCUUGUUAGCUACAUCUCUGCAGACACAAAUCAAGAUAGACAAUUUCCACCAUUUUUAUAUGCUUGAAUCGAAGGAGUUAGGAAGAGGAAGAUGUGCUGUAGUUCGAAAAUGUAUUGCUAAAUCCACAGGCCAAGAGUAUGCAGCUAAAUUCCUGAAGAAAAGAAGAAGAGGUCAAGAUUGCAAAGCUGAGAUUUUUCAUGAGAUUGCAGUACUGGAAUUAAUGAAAUCUAAUCCUCGCAUAGUUAAUCUCCAUGAAGUCUAUGAGACACCAAAUGAAAUCAUCUUGGUGUUGGAAUAUGCUGCUGGAGGAGAAAUGUUUGACUUGUGCGUCCCAGAUCUGGAUGACAGAAUCGCUGAAAGGGAUAUUGUGAGACUUAUAAGACAGAUACUUGAAGGACUUUGCUGCUUGCAUGAAAACAAUAUUGUUCAUCUUGACUUAAAGCCUCAGAAUAUUUUGCUGAGCAGCAUCAAUCCUCUUGGUGAUGUAAAAAUUGUAGAUUUUGGUAUGUCUCGGAAGCUUGAGAAUUGCGGUGAACUGCGGCAGAUCAUGGGCACAACAGAGUACCUAGCUCCAGAAAUCUUGAACUAUGAUCCCAUCACCACAGCUACAGAUAUGUGGAACAUAGGUGUCAUUUCAUACAUGCUGCUGACACAGGAAUCUCCAUUUGUGGGAGCUGACAAUCAAGAAACUUACCUUAAUAUAUCUCAAGUUAAUGUGGAUUAUUCAGAAGAAACUUUUUCAUCAGUUUCACAGCCUGCUAAAGACUUCAUUCAAAGACUUCUUAUAAAAAACCCAGCGGAAAGACCCACAGCAGAGGCUUGUCUUUCUCACUUGUGGCUGCAGCAAGGGGAGUUCAUGCUCCUGUGUAGCCCCGAAGAAACCUGCUGCUCUUCUCUGAUGGCGGAACAUACAGCAAAGUGCUUGGCAGAGCGGCAGGUAAAACCAAUCUGUAAUGGUACCUGUAGCAACAAGGAAGACAAAGAAAACAUCCCAGAGGACAGCAGUACAGUCUCCAAGCGUUUCCGUUUUGAUGAUUCCUUACCAUAUCCCCAAGACUUGAUGACAGACUUCAUAUGUUAAUGUGUGAUGCAGCCUUUCAGAAGGGAAGUUAGCAUAGAUGCACAGAUGUUCCAGUGGGGAAUGUGAGAUGAUGGUGUGCUGCUGUGUGCAGCACUGGCAUACUGGAAAUGCACUUUGAUCCUUUUAUGCUGGUGCCUCCUUUUCUGUCCGUUGCUGGCAAUGGAUUUAAGCCCUGAGGAACUGGGGUUGUUGUACCAGUAAAAUGAAUUAUUUUUUUAAGAAGAUAUAAUUAAAUAUUUUUGCACUUUUCAAAUUUUUAGUCCAAAAAUUAUGCUAGAUCUAACAAACUCAGACCUGAAAGUAGGUUUGUUUAAAUGGAAGCUGUGCCAAGCAGUGGUGGAAUACCGAUAUGCUUUUAGGGCUAGCCUUAAGAAAUUGGUCUAAGCAGUGAAACUGAAUCUCACUGCCUUACGGCCUUACUCUCACUAUUCUCAUCACUCCACGUGGAAGCUGAAGGUGGUAUGUUUGGGGAGUGUGACCCUUCUCUUGGGGCUGUUUGAAAGACUGCUUUCUCUGCACAAUCAGUAGUAGUUUGGGAGAUGUUUCUACCUUAGAUCUGGUCCACUUCAGCACUGCAGUACACAGUCUGUGUUUUCUCUGUGUUGGAUCUCUGCAAAGCUUGAACAGAAAAGAGGUGGGUUGCCAGUCCCUGUGCCAGUAGUCCUUUGCUGCUUGCCAGUGAGUUAUGUUUGAGGGUAAUGAGAGUUCCAUGCUGAUGGGAAUAUCUGAAAGACUUGUUUGUUUGCUUUCAUGAAGCCUCUGAAGUGAUAUCAUCUCCCUGUGCUGACACCUAUUCCUCAUCUUAAAAAGCACACCAAACCCCCCUAAACUAGAAAGCCUCUUCAGAGUUAAAAGUAGUAACUGAAUAAAGUGAUUUCAUGACCAUUUUUGCCAGUGAAGCUGCAAUGAAAGGGUUUCCAUUAUGCCCCUCUUGUGGGCAUCUUCCUGUCA